AUGCAGAGAGAAAUCUUCACAUUCAUAUCGCUUCCUGCUAUCAAACACUGCCGGCUAGAGGAAAAGGAACAGUGGGGCCAAAGAGACACGCUAAGUCAUUCUGAAACAAGAAAAAAGCUUCUUCUGCCCAGCCAAAAGAAACUCAGAUCACUGAGGAUGGACCAAGUCCUUCCCAGUCAGAACUCAAUUUCAGGCCUGCCUGAACCGGACAACGAAGAGCUCCAGCACCGUGUGGACUCCUUUCGGAAGCUGGGUUACUCGAUGUCAGAGGUGAAGGCUGCUCUGAGCAAGCUGGGCCUAAACACAGACACCAACUCGGUAUUAGGCGAGCUUGUUAGGAGCAGAACCAGCAAUGCACCAGUCCCUUUGGAAAGUGACAAGAGGAGUUUGAGCCCGAAAGACCCGCUGCUGCCUCCAAGCUUGGCUCUCAAGCCCUCUAGAAUCCCCACACAACCGAGGGACCGACAGACUGCAGACACAGAACUGAGGCCUAUCAUUAUCGAUGGCAGCAAUGUGGCCAUGAGUCAUGGCAACAAGGAAGUGUUCUCAUGUCGGGGCAUACAACUGGCGGUGGACUUCUUCCUGGACAGAGGUCAUAAUUCCAUUACUGUCUUUGUUCCUUCCUGGCGCAAAGAGCAGCCCAGAGCUGACUCCCCCCUGAAAGAUCAACACAUUCUGUUGGAACUUGAAAAGCAGAAAAUAGUUGUCUUCACGCCAUCUCGCCGUGUUGGGGGCAAGCGCGUGGUCUGUUAUGAUGACCGCUUUAUUGUAAAACUUGCACACGAGUCAGAUGGCGUGAUCGUAUCCAACGACACCUAUCGUGAUCUCCAAGGGGAAAGACCUGAGUGGAAGAAAUGCAUUGAGGAAAGGCUCCUCAUGUACUCAUUUGUGAAUGACAAGUUUAUGCCCCCAGAUGACCCUCUGGGUCGACAUGGUCCCACCCUUGACAACUUCCUUAGGAAAAAGCCUCUGCCUGUAGAACAGAAGAGACAGCUAUGUCCGUACGAUAAAAAGUGCACUUAUGGCAUCAAAUGUAAGUUUUUCCAUCCUGAGCGAGCAAAUCAAUCCUAUCUGUCCUUGGCUGAUGAACUGAGAGAGAAAGCCCAGAUUUCUACAGUAAAAGAAGAGAAAAAUGCAAGAUAUUCACCAAAACACAUUCAGCCUGAUCAUGAGCCUCCUCAUAACGUCUGUCCACAUCCUCAAGACACUCAACUCCCAAUAAACCAGAAAAAUCCUUCACUUCCUGGUCAAGUUAAUGAACAUGCAAACAGAAAUAAACUGCAGCACUGGGAAGAGCUUAAAAACAGUUCCUCCUACGCACCUGCUGUAACAGGGAGCUUUUGUCAGAAUGAUUGGCCCGGACUGCAUUCAGUGCAAAACCCUUAUUAUGCUAACUUGUCACAUGAUUACCUGGAUUCUGGCUUCGGCUCUUUUGAUAGCCACUACUCUGAUAUUUCCUCUUCCCACUGCAACUCCCAAAGGCUCAGAUCCCAGUGCCAGAGUACCCUCACUGGGCCCCAACAUGCCUCACUGCAUUUAGAUAUAAAUACCACCAACCAGCCCUGCAGGUGCUGUUCCCAUGUUCACCAGCACCAUCACGGAAACAGCAAGCCCAAGGGUCAACCUGCCUAUGACGCUUACCCUCCACACAUACUCGGACACAAUGUACCCCUCCCACACAGCCUCCCUAAUCAAUUGCUCUACAAUGGAGCCCCCCAUCUUCAGCAGAACUACUGGUCAGAUCCCUAUCAGGGGUUUCCCCAAGCAAUGACAGCCAGAGGCUUCUCCCCUUUGGUCCAAAGCUCACAUUCUAAUAGCUCUUGCUGCUACAAGGAACAGCCCUACCAAACCUGGGGUCAUCAGCAUCCACCCUCGGUAGCUUCAGACCCACAAAGGUCAGAACUGCGCAAGAAACUACAGGCCAUCUUCAACCCACACCAGGUGGAUACUGUCAUGGAGAUGUUUCCACAUCUGACGGAUGCAGAAAAACUGGCUGCAGAGAUACUCAACCUGAAGGUCUGCAGAGGAAUUUUCUGAGUGAUGAUAGCCUCAGAUUUUUUCUAUAAGAAUAUCAUGAGAUGAUUUUAUAGCAGCAAUCUGUAAAUUAGCUCAAAAUCAAUGAAAAAUAUGCUGUUGUACGUUUUUGUUUCAGAGAUCUUAUUUAUUAAUGUUUUAGCCAGUCUGUUCUUGCCUAUUUCUUUAUGACGUUGUCAUAAAAUGUGAUCCUCUCAUCCAAGUCAUGGAUAAAAAGUGCCUCUAGACCAAAAAUGGUUAUAACAGAGUUCCUAGAGUCUUGACUGUUGAUGCAUAUUGCAUCAAAUUUUAUGUUUUCUCCACUGAUCAGCCACAACAUUAUGGCCAAAUGGGGGGAGUGGGACCUAAUAAUGCCACCAAGAAAAACAGGCAGAAAGUGAGCAAACACUGCUUACUACUACAAAUGGCAUCAGAUACCUUUAGAUUGUACCUGAGGACACUUCAAACUCGUUGUCCUGAUGUUUUGGCUGGUCUGUAAAAACCUCAAAGUAACACCAAAAUGAAUAGCACAAUGCAGGUUUUGCAGAUCCCUGUAUUAUAAUAAGUGGUUGUAUUGAUCUAUGGAGGUUCUCAUGCAUUAAGGAAUUCUUCCUGGAGUAUUUUUUACUUUUGUGGUAGUUCUUUAUGAACAGCUUCCUGUUCAGUAUUAACUAUUAAGUGUGUAUGUGCAUAAUGCUGAAAUGUAUUGUGAUGAAACAGUCAAUGUAGUUGCCUUCAAUAAAAGAGGACCUAUUAAAUAAACUGAGGAAAUAAUACAAUGACUUUGGCCUUAGCUGAAUUUAUUAUUCAUCUUCAUUUCCCUGUAAACGCUCCAAAGAGCUGCUCUUUCAAAAAUAUAGGCUUAUGAAAUCAUUAAUGCAUCAGAGUGAUAUGAAUGUAAAUUACUGUAUAAUUUUAAUCGAAAAUAAAAAUGUGG